AUGGGGCGGGGCGAGGGCGCGGACCGCGACGCGCCCGGCAUGGGCUUCGACCUCCACAAGCUCAACAAGUUCGCCAAGGGCCAGGUGCUGGACCCCCUCGUCGAGGAGGAGAAGCGCCUGGCGCAGAACCUGCGGGAGGGCCUGAGCACGCUCCUCGACAUGCACAACCCGGCGGAGCUCGGGUCGCUCUGCGGCGCCCUGGGCCUCGUCGAGGAGUGCGAGUUCGGCACGCACGGGGAGAAGAAGGCGGGCGUCAUGCGGCGCGUCGCGCUGGAGGGCGCGCGGCACGGGUCCACGGAGAAGGCGCACAUGGACUGCCUGGCGAUGAUGUGGGACGGCAUCCUCUUCGAAUACCUGCGCGCCGAGGGCAUGCCCCUGCGGUCCGCGCGCAUCGACCCGCGCGUCUUCACGCUGCAGCUCUGGCGGAAGCGCGCGGCGUUCAACAGCGGCGGCAACGUCGUCUUCCGCCCCCACUACGUGCCGCGCCACAUCCGGCGGCGGGGCAAGGGCGCGCCGCGGGCCGCGGACCUCGAGGGCAUCCUGCGGGGCGUCGAGGCCAAGGAGCUCGCGGUGAAGCACGUCGAGAACAAGAUCCGCAAGGAGUCGGACUACCGCAACGUCAUCCGCUUCCUCGCCGACACGACGUCCCUGCACGAGUUCGAGCGCGACGCGCGCGACUACCUCAUGCACGAGCUCGAGGCCGCGCGCGACCGCAUCGACCACUACAACAUGAGCCUGGAGAUGACCGCGGAGCAGCUCGGCGAGCUCGAGCUCAAGCACGAGCGCUGCGCCGAGGUGUUGGUGUCGCAGAUCGCGCGCACGGAGGCGGAGCUCCACUUCUCCAUGGAGCUCAACGCCAUCGAGCCCGCGACGGAGGAGCAACAAAUCGUACGAGUCUUGCGCUACUUCCUCGCGACGCCGGGCCCCGGCGACGGGACGAUGACGCUCCGGGGCUGCCCCGUGGAGCUGCCGUCGCUGGACGAGGAUCUGGGCGAGGACCCGGAGGAGGACGAGUGGGACCCCUGGUUGGUUUCGGAGGAUUUCGGGACGGGAAAGCUCGGCGACGAGGAGGAGGAGGGCGAGCAGCAGUCCAACGAGGACGCGCCGGACCUCACGCCCGAGGAGCUCAAGCUCCAGGCCGAGGAGGAGGAGGAGCGGCGGGCUUUCGCGUUUUUCGUCGCGGAAGAAACGCGGAAAGCGAAACUCGAAAACGAGCGGCGGCGGUCCGUGCGGACGACGGUCGCCGUGCGCUGCCCCCUCGCCCACCAGCGCGAGCCCGCGGUGUUAGCGAAGAUGGCCUUCGACCGCCACGCGCGCGACGUCGCCUUCAUGCUCCGGCGCUGCGAGGCGUCCGAGGCCGCGUUCGCCGCGUCCUACGCGUGGUACGACGACCGCGAGGCGCACUGCGCGGCGCAGAUGGCGCGCGCGGCCCGCGCCGAGCGGCGCUGCCAGUUCCUCAACACGCAGAUCUCCAUGCUCAUCGACGCGGCCGCGCACGCGGCCGCGCAGCCCUUCUCGGAACUGAAUCUGUACCAGAACAUGGCGACGCGCGCGCUCACGGACGCCGCGGAGAGCGAGCGGAAGCGGCUCGCCGUCGCGCCGACGCUCGGCGCCAUGGUGCGCUCCGACGACGGCGUCGUCCAGGUCCUGGGCGCCGUCCUGUCCGUGGCGCUGGGGCUCCUCCCGAGCCGCGCGGCGGCGCUCGAGCAGAUGGAGGCCGCGACGAUGGCCCGCGAGGAGCUGUCCCAGCGGACCAUCUACGCGCUCACGGCGCCGACGCCCAAGGUGUCGGACAAGAAGAAGAAGGGCGGCAAGAAGGGCAAGAAGGGCGGCAAGAAGAAGGGCGGCAAGAAGGGCGGCAAGAAGAAGGGCGACAAGAAGGCCAAGGGCGGCGACAAGAAGCCCAAGGCCGCCGCCGCCGCCAAGAAGCCCGCCAAGGGCGGCGCGAAGAAGAAGAAGAAGAACGCGGGCCUGCGCAACGAGCCGCAGGUCGGCUGGAUGGCCAAGUUCGAGGGCCACGAGCACCUCGACAGCGUCGGGCGCCACGUGGGCGCGAGUGGCUUCCCGGGCACGUACACGGCGGCCUUCGGCAUGCUGCGGACGACGCCCUACACGGCCUACCUGGCGGCGCUCGGCGAGGAGCCCGACGGCAUCGUCGAAGUGGAGCUCGCGCCGCCGCCGCAGCGCCUGAGCUCGCGGGAGCAGGCGAACCCCUUCCUGCGGAACCGCGUGCAAAAGUCCAUGUUCUACGACGAGCCCAUCCACACGCGGGCCAUCCUCGCGCGCGUGCUCGACACGGCCGAGGCGCUCGUGAAGACGUGGUCGUUUCACCUCGACCUCCUCGAGAAGGGCGACGCGCAGCGCGUCGCCAGCGACCGAGCGGCCGUCGGCGCGCUCCCGACGCCGCAGAUGUCGCGCGACGCGCUGCUCGCCGAGGGCGGCGAGACGGCCUACACGCGCGACGACCAGAUGCCGCUCUACGCCUACGACCGUCGCGCGAUGGACCGCCUGACGACGCUCCGGGCGCUCGCGGCGCUGUACGACGAAGUGACGGCUCUCACGCCGGAGACGGCCUUCGAGUGCGGCUACCUGCGGCGCGAGGCCGCCGCGGACGCCUACGAGGACGAGGUCGACGCGCGGAUCACGGAGCGGCGCGAGGCCCGCCGCGCAAAGCGCGAGGCGGGCUUUGUUGAUGGUGAUGAAGAGGCGAAAGCAACGGCGGCGCGCGCGGCGGCGCUCCAGUUCCUCGACGAGUUCUGCGACGAGUGGGUGCCGCGGCUGACGGCGGGCGACGUGCGCUCCGCGCUGGAGAAGCGCGCGUCGAAGCCGCCUCCCGGCAUGCGCGAGGCGCGCUCAAAAGACGCGGGCGCGGACGCCGACGUCGUCUUCGAGGCGCUCUGGGACUACCGCGACGAGUCGCCCUACAUGAUCCGCGGCGGCGAGCUCGUGUCGCCCGCGAAGAUGGGCGUGCGGCUCCGGGAGCUUCGUGUAUUAGCGGCGGCCGACGCGCGCGAGGAGCUCAAGCGCGACAUCGCCAAGGAGCUCCGCGCCGCGCGGACGAAGUACCCCGAGGAGGACCGGCCCCUGGGCGCGGGGCAGCUGAGCUUGAUGGACGCGGCGCAGGCGAGGGUGGACCGCGCGUCGCGGCCGACGAUGGACGCGCUCGAGUCCAAGCGCGGCGGCGCCGCGCCCGCCGUCGACGCGGCCGCCGCGGAGGCGAAGGCGGCCGCCUAUCCAAACGCCCCCGCCGAUGCGAAGAUCGACGCGAAGGCGGCCGCCGAGGCAAAGGCGGCCGCGGAGGCGAAGGCGGCCGCGGAGGCGAAGGCGGCCGCCGACGCGAAGGCCGCCGCUGAGGCGAAGGCGGCCGCGGAAGCGAAGGCGGCCGCGGAGGCGAAGGCGGCUGCCGAUGCGAAGGCCGCCGCCGACGCGAAGGCCGCCGCGGAGGCUGCGAAGGCCGCCGCCGAUGCGAAGGCCGCUGCGGAGGCGAAGGCCGCCGCGCCCGCGCCAGCGGCCGACUCGGAGGCCGACGCCGCGGAGGCGCGCGCGGCCGCGAUGGAGAAGAUCAAGGCCGCGGCCAAGGCCGCGGCGCUCGCCGAGGCCGCGGCGGACGCCGAGGCCAGCGCCGAGGCCGACGCGGCCGCCGCGGUCGCCGCCGCGGAGGUCAAGGCCGCGGAGGUCGCCCGGGCCGCCGCGGCGGGUAUCUCCGAGGAGCAGCUCCGCGAGGCGAAGCAGGGCUUCAAGGCCGGGCUCGCGGAGGCCGCGUCCAAAAAGGCCGCGGUCGUGGACGCCAUGACGAGCGAUGACGAGUCCGCGGCCGAGGCCGCGCUCGCGGCCGAGGACGAGGCCUUCGCGGCCGAGGCCGCGGCGGCCGCGGCCGUCGACGCGCUCGUGGCCGAGGCCGAGCACCAGGCGGCGGCCAUGGCGGCGCCCGUCGUCGCCGCUGCGGCGCCUGUCGUCGCCGCCGCGGCGCCCGUCGCCGCCGCCGCGGAGCAGGACUUCUCCAAGUGGGCCGCGCAGGUCGAUCCGGCCUCGGGCAACACCUACUACUACCACACGGAGACGCUCGCGACGUCCUGGGUCUGGCCGCCUGAGAAGGCGAUGGCCUCUUGCCCGCGGGCUCAUGAUGGCCUUUGGACCGCGGCGGCGCUGCAGCGGAGCAGCCUCGCGGCGCAGCGGCGCCUCGCGCACAUGGCGGCCGCGCGCGUCGUCGUCGAGUGCGAGGGCGAGAGCGUGCUCGUCAGCGUGGGCCAGCGCACGCUGCAGCGCAAGCGCGGCGAGGCCUUGGAAAAGUGCCUCGCGCGCCUCGGGCCGAAGCCGCCCAAGAAGAAAAAGGGCGCGCCGGCCGCGCCGCCGCCGCCGCCCCCGCGGCUCUUCGACGCGUCCGGCGCGGCACUCGACGGCGCCACGGAGCUCCUCGCGGCCUUCCAGCGAGCCGCCUUCCUCGAGCUCGGCGACGAGAAGCUCGCCGUCGUGCUCAACCCGCCGUCCGUCGCGUCCCUGGACUGCUACGCGGCGCCGACGGUCGGCCGGGAGCUGCGCGCGACCGUCGCGGUCAAGCACUGCGCGCCGGCGGACGUCGCCUGGCGCUGGCGCGUCGGCGACGACGUCGCCUCCGAGGCCGCCGCCUACGUGCCGACGGACGCGCACGUGGGACAACCGGUCACCGUCGAGGCGCGCGCGCCGGGAAGCGACGAACCUAUGACACUCGCCGUCGGCGCCGUCGCCGCGCGGGUCCCGCGGCCCGAGCACGACCGCCGCGUCCGCCAGCUCGGCCCGAAGCCGAAGGAGUGCGUGCGCGUGUUGACCUACAACGUGCUCGCCGACGCGUACCGCCACACGUGGGACGCGGGCAUCCACACGCACUGCCCGCCGGAGAAGACGUUGGCCGAGUACCGCGUGCCGCUCGCCGUCGACGAGGUGUUGGACUUUGCGCCGGACGUCGUCGCGCUGCAGGAGGUCGACGCCAAGUGGUUCGAGCGGCUCUGGAGGCCGCGGACGGCGGGGGUCUACGACGGCUUCCUGACGGUGAAGUCGGGCAAGUCCUUCGAGGGCUCCGCGCUCCUCUGGAAGACGGCCGACUGGCGCGAGGUCGACCGGCGCGAGGUCGCCCUGAGCCGCGGCCGCGACGACGCGGCCUACCCGGAGGCGGUCCUCGCGGCGCCCGUCGCGCGCCUCGUCGACGCGAAGCCGCGCCUCGCGGAGGCGCUCGCGAAGAUCGGGAGCGUGGCCCAGCUCGCGGUGCUCGAGAACAACGCCGACGGCAGGCGUCUCAUCGUCGCGAACACGCACCUCUUCUUCGCGGGCCGCGCGACGCACGUGCGCGUCGUGCUCUUGGCGAGCGUGUUGCGCGCGGCGAAGGAGCUGAAGGAGCGGCACGGCGGCGACGUCGUGCUCUGCGGCGACCUGAACGCGGAGGCCCACGACGGCGCGCUGCGUUUGUUGCUGGACGGCACCGUCCCCGCGGACCACCUGGACUGGAUCAUCGGCGACACGUUCUCGUGGGGCUACGCGUCGUCGCGGAAGGCGCGCGCGCGCGCGAUCGCGGCCUUCGGCGGCGCGGACGCCGGCGCCGUCGACGACGUCGACGCGUGCGUCGCGGCGCGCGCGUCGGAGACCCCGUUCGCGGCGGCGCUCGACGCCUUCGCCGAAUCUCAAGCGAGCGACGCGGCCGCGGAGCGGCGGACGCGCGCCGCCGCGAGCCUGCGCAAGGUGCUGCGCGAGGGCGUCGAGGGCGAGGACGUGCGGGCGGCUCUCGAGUGCGGCGAGACCUACAAGACGUCGCCCCUGGUCGCGCUGUUCCAGCUGCGCGCGGACGCGGGCCUGCGCCGCGACGACGGCGAGCUCGCGCUCCUCGACGAGGAGAUCCCGCAGGCGGAGGCGGCCAUCGAGGCCCUGUAUCAGGCCGCGGAGGCGGCCAAGGCCGAGGCCCACGAGGCGCAGCGCGCGCUCGUCGCCGCCGCGGAGGACGACCCGGCGGAGACGCCCGUGGGCGCCGGGCUCCGGGUCGACAGCGCGCUCGGCGCGCUGAACUCGGCGUACCCGGAGGACGAGCCCUACACGAACCUCGCCGACGGCUACGUCGCGACGCUCGACUGGAUUCUGGGCGACGGGCGCUUCGCGGCGCGGAACGUCGCGGCGCUGCCGGACCUCGCGGCGACGCGGGCGGCCCACACGGCCCUCCCCGCCGCGCCCUUCCCGAGCGACCACGUCUCCCUCGUCGCGGACGUGUCCUGGGACUAA